UCGUGGGAUCCUGGGCUCUCCCCAACCCAGUCCUGGGUCGCUGACCCCGAGCGCCGCCCGCUGGGGUGGUGACCCUUUUCCCGCGCGCGCAAACUAGAGGCGCGGAACUAGAGGCGAGGGCCAGGUUUCGGCGGGUCGGGGCGGAAAGAGCACUUCCGGGGGCUGGGCUGCACGUGUCUAGACCGCCGGGGGUCGCUUCCGGAUUCGCUAGCGGGGUCCGGGAGGCCGGUUUCCCUGCAGCUGGCCCUAGGUGGGGCCGGGAUGGCGAAGGCGAAGGCGAAGGCGCCGACCCCCAAGAGCGCCCCGGGCGACCCCGCGGCUGAGCCAGGGCUUGUCAAGAAGCCAACGCGGAAGAAAAAAAAGAAGCUCUGGAAAAGCAAAGCGCCGGAUGCAAGCAAGAGACCGCCAGGCGACCCCAAGGUUGAGCUGCGCCCUCCGAAGGCGCCGGAGGACUUUUCCCAGAACUGGAAGGCGCUGCAGGAGCUGCUGAAACAGAAACCGCAGGCGCUGGAAAAGCCUCUUGUUGCCUCUGCCUCUCAGGCGGACUCCGAAAAGCAGCCCAGAACCCUCCCCCGGAGCCGGAAGGCAAAGAGAGGUCGGACGGGUGCGGAGAAGGCACACCAGGAGGCCCCGGCGGGCCCCGCUGCUCCCGCACCCCCCGCACAGGGCAGCGGAGCCGAGCAUGGUGAGAAGGGGACCAAGAGGAGGACCAGCGGUGACCCUGCUCCAACACAAGGGGACCUCUCGUGUAAGAAGUGGAAGGCGAAGGAGGCGACCGCCCCUGUGACUCCAGCCCCGCCCACUGAAGAAGACAUCUGGUUCGACGAUGUGGACCCGGCGGACAUCGAAGCAGCCAUAGGCCCGGAGGCCGCUCGGGUAGCAAGGCAGCGGCUGGGGGGCAAGGACGGCGGCCUGGCGCUGGAGAAGCAGCAGGCUUUCGGCGGCCUGACCAGAGCGGUGGCCAUGGACUGUGAGAUGGUGGGCGUGGGCCCCUCGGGGGAGGAGAGCGCCGCCGCCCGCGUGUCCGUCGUGAACCAGUACGGGAAGUGCGUCUACGACAAGUACAUCCGGCCGGCCCGGCCCGUGACCGACUACCGGACGGCCGUCAGCGGCAUCCGGCCGGAGCACCUGCAGAGUGGAGAGCGGUUCGAAGUCGUGCAGAAGGAAGUGGCGGAGAUGCUGAGGGGCCGGGUCCUCGUGGGACACGCUCUGCACAACGACCUAAAGGUGCUCUUUCUCGAUCACCCGAAGAGGAAGAUCCGGGACACGCAGAAGUACAAGCCCUUCAAGAGCCAAGUGCGGAGCGGAAGGCCGUCGCUGAAGCUGCUGGCCGAGAGGAUCCUGGGCAUCCGGGUGCAGCAGGCGGAGCACUGCUCGGUCCAGGACGCCCAGGCAGCGAUGCGACUCUACGUGCUGGUGAGGAAGGAGUGGGAGCGCCAGGCCCGGGACCGGCGCCCGGCCGCCGCUGCUGUGGGGACAGCACCGCGCCCCGGGGCAGCGACCCCGUCCAGCGGCACUUGUGACCACGCCAUGGGGCAGACCGCGUCUCCCCAGAGCGGUGGCAGAAUCGUGGCCACGGCACGGCGGCGCACACGCUCCUGAGAACAGCUUUCCUCCCAUCUGUCUGUCCAAGCCCCGCCCCGCUGGCGGGGGGCAGGGGGACACGUGCGGAGGCGGCGGCCCGGCCCCCAGAGUCAGGACGUCAGGACGUCAGGACGUCGCUACGUCAGGACGGGAGUCGGGGCCGUGCCUGCGCCGUCCCGCCCCCACCGCGCCCCAGGGCAGGGAGCGCCCAGCUGUCCCCUGGGUCCAGCACCUCCCUUCGAGGAGGCCACUCUCCUGUCACCACCGACUCAAGGGGCCAGGCCGGCGUCCUGGUCAGCUCGGCCGCAGCCCCGCCAUGAGUUGUCUGUGGCCACCUCUGGACUGGGAGACUCCCGGGAGCCGUGCUCCUUCCUGCCCCUCCGCCACCGCCUGCCGGGCUGCGUGAGGCCAGGGCCCACCGUGGCCCCGAGCGAGGUGGCGCCGGCUAGUCCCUGGGGCGGCGCCUCCCCCGUGCACACUGGCCCGGGGUCCCUGAGGAGCCGCCGCGUGCGCAAAGGCCAAGGCGACGCUGCCCCUGCCCUGCCCCUGCCGGCGGCACGGAGAGGCCCGGGCGGAGGAACGAAUAAACGAGGC